CGCUCAGCGUCCUCUGGUUUCUGGCAGUACGGAUCUACUCUGACAGCUAUUGUGCUGUAUCCAGCAAUAAUAAAAAAAGAUGGUUGACGGCUCACCGUACAGCACCAGAAUCCCAAAGUCUACGACCAAAAAUCGAGCUGCCGUGCAGAAAUUCUUUGGCCGUGAAUCCAGCACCGACCCUUUUGCCUUUCCCGCUGAAGCUGACAGCCAAUCAUCCCGCAAGCGAAAAGCCAUCACACCGCUAAAGAGUCCGUCAGAAAGAGACGCACGAGGCGGUUCUACUAGCGGGAAGCGAAAACCCCGAUCCAGCCUACAGUCAACAGAAAACAAUGUGCAAGACACACCCACGCGGACUAAGCGACCAAAGACAGACAAAGACGAGAAGGAAAACGUCCAGGACAAAACCGAUGAUAAUACACCUGCUUCACAGAGGAUAUCCAAAUCACCCGUUGGGACUGUACCCAAAACUCCGAGCAAAAAGUCGAAAACUGCCCAAUGCACCGAUAUCCUGGAGGAGACCGAUGAUGAUACCCCAUUAUCAGACCGUGCCAACAAGAUACGAACACCAGAGCUCAAUUCAACCGUCACUCCUAGCAGAUAUGUUACAAGAAUGAAGACUGGUUCGUUAAAGGAAAAGAAACCGUGGGAGCCUGUAGAUAGCGAGGAUCGGAUCGCAACACCGUCCAAACGAGCAGCAAAGGGUGGAACACUAGAAAUCGUGGUGGACACCCCGCGACGAAAAAGAGGAAGACCUCCAAAGCAUCCAACGGUGGUGGACGAUACGUCAGGCAGCCAAAUUGAAACACAGGAGGAGGUCAUCGUCGUAGACUCUGUGACCCCUCCAAAUAAACGAAAGGGACGAAUGGCAAAGCGGACCACUCCUUCAAAGGACACACAUUGCAUCGAGCAGCGGUCGCAGGUGCCAGAUCCUCUUUCCGUCCCUUUACCGACCAUUGCUGUAUCUCCGGAAGAAAUAAAUAAUGCACAAAAACGUAUACUGGGACGGAUAAAUGAGCGGCAUGGACCGACCCAUCUGAUUGGGCUUCAAGAACAAUACAACAAACUUUAUGGCUUGUUGGAGCGUACAGUCCGGGAGAGCGAGAGCAAUUCAGUUCUUUUAGUUGGAAAUCGCGGCACGGGAAAAACAGUGGUAGUCAAUAAAGUACUGAAAGAACUCCAGGACAAGCACGGUGCAUCGUCUGGUACACCCACUCCAUCCCGUACACUGGCAACGAAAGCGUUCUUUGAGAUCCGCUUGAACGGCCUCGUGCAGACGGACGAUCGAUUAGCUCUUCGAGAGAUUGUUCGGCAAUUGCAUAUGGAACAGGACAUGGAGGGGCAUACUGGCUCCUUUGCCGAGUGCCUCUCCUUUGUACUCUCGACACUCCGUGCCGGAUCGAUGCAGAGUACACCAGUGGUGUUCAUAUUAGAGGAUAUCGACCUAUUUGCUCAACACCCCAGACAAGCAUUACUGUAUAACCUGUUUGAUAUUGCGCAGAGUAGUCAAAAUCCUGUUGCAGUUGUUGGUGUUACAUGUCGGAUAGAUUUCAUGGACCUCCUGGAGAAGCGAGUGAAAUCACGAUUCUCGCAUCGACACAUCUUCUUUUACCCUCCCGACGCCUUGACAGACUUUACGGCGAUUGUGCAGACGGCUUUAUCCAUUGCUCCUGAUGAUGGAGUUGGCAAUAAAGAGUUUGUUGCGCUGUUCAACAGGCGUGUACAGGAUAUUCUAAAGCACCCCGAUAUGGUGAAUAUCCUCAGAGAUACGUUCGAGCUGAGCAAGGACGUGAGAAGCGCAAUGAGAUUAUUUUACGCCCCCAUCUACCGCCUUUCGUCCACCUCCCCUUUUCUACAACCAGAAGAUAUCCUUUCAGCAGCCGCCUCCCAACGUCUUGAUCACAAGACGGAAGUGAUUAAAGGACUGUCAGUUCUCGAACUCUGUCUCCUCAUCGCGAUGCGACACCAAGAAUCUCGUCAAGUGGACACAUUUAAUUUCGAGAUGGUGUAUGACGAGUAUCGGGAAUUUGUGCAACGUGUUAGUGCGCUGGGACGGGGAGGGAAUAGCUUGUAUUUUGUGAAACCUGUUGCGCUCAAGGCUUUUGAGCAUCUCUUGGCGUUGGAAUUUGUCAAGCGAGUGGAAGGUAUUGGAGCGCGGUGUCCCAAAGAGUACCGGAUGGUGAGAUUAGUUGUUGGAGCGGCGCAAAUUGAGAUGGGUGUGAAGCGGUAUGAGGGCUGUCCUGAAGCGGUGGUCAAAUGGGCCAUAGCAUAAGGGCACGUCGCAUCCCCAUUCAAAAGAUAUGGAGCGUAGAGAGUUGUGGGGUUUGUAAAAACUGCACGAGUUGAAUAUUCAUCCUCCUAGACGAUAAGUGUACAACGUAAAAGUGUUAAAACCAUUCCUACUUUGGGAGAAUCAUCCGCAUGACGCACUGAAAAUGCUCAAAAGACGACAUAAACGACAGCAGAAUAAACGCACAAGGAAUAAUGAUAAUGUGAUAUAGUAUUGCACAACCAUGCAGUAAAUACGCACUUCAUGCAACAUAAAAAAAGGACUAUAAUACAAUAAACAAAACUGGAAUAAAAAUGCUAA